AUGGUUAGCUUCCUUCUAGAAGCACUUAAAGAUGCAAGUCCAUCAGCUCCAGGGUUUUUACCAAAAGAUUAUCCUGAUUUAAGUGAUAAAAUUGCAUUAAUUACAGGUUCAAGUUCAGGUAUUGGAUAUGAAACUGCCAAAGCUUUAUUAAAACAAAAUGCUACAGUUAUUAUGGUUAAUAGAAAUCAAGAAAAAGUUUUAGAUUCAGUUGCCAAAAUUAAAAAAGAAUUAGUUGAUAUGGAUUUAGAUUCUAAAAUUUAUUUAAUUCAAGCUGAUUUAAGUGAUUUAACAACUAUAAAACCUGCAGUGGAGAAAUUUUUUGCAAAUAAUUCACAAUUUGAUAAACUUCAUUAUUCAAUUUAUAAUGCUGGUGUUAUGAGACCUCCAAAAGAUUCUUUCAGUAAACAAGGAUAUGAAUUACAAAUAGGUACCAAUGUUUUAGGUCAUCAUCUAUUAAACAAAUUAAUUGAACCUUUAAUUAUAAAUGGUGUUGAUGCAAAGCAAAAUUUCAUUCCAAGAGUUAUUUGGUUAGCUUCAAUUGCACAUUUUGCCUCACCAGCUAAUGGUGGUAUAAACUGGGAAAGUUUUAAAGAUGGUGAAUUUGGACAAAGUAGAGCAGCUUAUGGACAAUCUAAAACUGGUAAUAUUUAUCAAUCAUAUGUUCAAUCAACAAGACUAAAAAACCAUGGGGUUAUAAGUCUUUCUGUUCAUCCUGGAUAUUUGGCUUCUGAUCUAUCUAGAUCACUUGGAUCUGUUGGUGAUUAUAUUUGGAAAACUGUUACAUAUCCACCUGUUUAUGGUUCUUACUCUGUUUUAUUUGGUGCUUUGAAUCCAGAUAUUGAGUUGAAAGAUUCUGGUAGAUAUAUUGGACCUUGGGGUCAAUUCAAGGAAUUGAGAGAUGAUAUAAAUCAAGGGCUAGCUGAUGGUACUGCUUCAAAAUUUGAACAAUGGGCUGAUGAACAAGUGAAACCAUAUCUAUGA